CGCUCGUCCCCGCGGGGCCCUUUGUGCUGCCGCUGCUGCCGCUGCUGCUCCGGAGCUGCCUCAGCCAGGCGGCGGCUGCGUCACGGCCCCGGCGCUGCGGCCGCGCCUCGCCCCCCGCUCCGCCAUCGCUGCGCCCCGAGCCAGGGCCGGCAGCCGGCGCAGAAAAAUCCCUCUAUCCUGGAAGAAUGGUGAAACUGGGGAAUAAUUUCAGCGAGAAGAGCACAAAGCAGCCCCUUUUGGAGGAUGGAUUUGACACCAUCCCCCUGAUCACACCCCUGGAUGUCAAUCAGCUCCAGUUCCCACCUCCUGAUAAGGUUGUGGUCAAAACAAAAACAGAAUAUGAACCUGACCGCAAGAAGGGAAAGUUCCGUACUCCUAAAAUAGCUGAAUUCACAAUCAGCAUCACUGAAGGGGUUUCAGAAAGGUUUAAGGUAACUGUGCUGGUCCUUUUUGCCCUUGCAUUCUUAACGUGUGUUGUAUUUCUGGUAGUCUACAAGGUUUACAAGUAUGAUCAUACCUGUCCAGAAGGAUUUGUUUUCAAGAAUAAUCAGUGCAUUCCAGCUGGCUUGGAAAACUACUACUCUGAACAAGACUCCAGCGCUCGAGGGAAAUUUUACACGGUCAUAAACCACUACAACCUGGCCAAACAAACCAUCACGCGCUCCGUGUCCCCCUGGAUGACAGUACUGUCAGAAGAGAAACUCUCUGAACAGGAGACUGAAGCUGCUGAGAAAUCAGCUUAGUAUGAUAAGCUAAUUAUUAAAACUAUGUCAUUUGAAGGUAACUAAGGGACUUUAAGGAACUUUUCAUUAAAUAUAAUUAUGGAUAAUUUAGAGGUUACUCAUGUUUAUGGUGUAACUGCUUCUGUUUGCUGAUACUGCUUUGCAAAAAAAAAAAAAGAAAAAAGUGAAAACAAAAACUUGCUGCAGAACAUUCAUGGGCAUAACCCCAGGUGCAUAUCAGCAUUGCUGUAGAGCUUUGACACCAUUUUCAAUGUUAAAAAAAAAAAUCCAAUGUUAGAUAUGUUCUUGCAGUUUAUUGGAUACUGAUAGAUUUUGUCACUGGAUUUUCAGGGCUUGAACCUUAGAUAAAUCAUGUGUUCUGUUGUCUGAACAGAUACUUAAUUUAUUAAGUUUUUGAAUUCUUUGUCAUUUUGCAAACUGAAACACCCCAGCCAUAACUAGAGUGAUCUCUUGUUUAGCUGAAAGCUGUAAGUAAUGUUUAGUUUGGGCUCAAGCAGGAACGAUAGUCAGCACUGACAUCGGGGCAUAAUGUAAUGACUUGUAUGGAGAAAGAAACUGUCAGGUCGCAUUUUUCCUUCCAUUUCCUUUCCUGUUUUUGUAAGUGAUAAUGAAGUUCUCUGCAACAAGGCAUGCUCAAUGUUUUCUUAUUGCUGUCAGCAGGAUUUAACUGCAUUUCCACUGUGGCUUUAGCAUCUUGGUAAGGAUGUGCACUGAAACACAAACUAGAUAGACUUAUGGAAAAACACAGGCAGUUUUAGUGGUGGGUGUUGAGGCUAGUGUAAAAAAUAUACAGUUCAGGAUGUUCUAAUGAGAAAUGACAUCUUUUGAUCAUACUGAAGACGCAGAAAGCCUAUUCACAGUACAUGUAGUCCACUAUGUCAUUUGUUGGAUACAGCUGAAGGAGUAAUAUGUCUAAAUUUUCUCCUGUAUUACAUCACAUUUUCCCUUUUUAUUAGUUAGAAAGAGCUUUCUGUUUAUGUAUGGUUUGCAGUUUGAUACUUUUUAAAACAUGGAGCAUCACAAGUGAAACAGUAGCGUGUUAGAUACCACAACUGGCUGUUAAAGCUCCAUGUGAAAGAGAGUGAAGAGUAGAACUGUUUGUGUAUGGCUUGGGAGGGGAAAAGAUGUAGAAGAACAUAGUAUUGUGGAUGCACGUUAAAGUUCCAUUGUAAUUACAAACUUACCUAUUCUUUGUGUGAAA